AUGGUGGGAAUCUUAAAUUCGAUCGUCUUUCAGCCUAUAAACAAGGAGUCUGAUAUCCUAUUCACCUACCUUUGUAGAGCUAAACGCUACAUGUCAUAUGUCCUCACACAAAGCGGCGAAUGUAUUUACUACAUACACAUACAACACCACCCCCGCCGGGAGAGCUACGACUCAGUGAGCGUGCGUACUGGGAGCAUCGCCCGCAGCAGCAGCGAGAACUCGAGUGAGGCGAAUAUGGGAUCAUCACCGCCUGAGCAGAAUAACUUUAUCAUUAUAUAUAGUCAUGGAAACGCCGAAAAUCUUGGAAUCUGCCAUACCAUCCUACGCUGGUUAUCCUUUGCCCUGCACGUUGACGUGAUUGGGUACGACUACCGUGGCUACGGCUUCUCAGGAAAUCCUCGGCUGAAGACUCCGUUUGAACCAACCGAAAGCUCUGUGUACGUUGAUGCUGAUUGCAUCUACGAGGAAGUACUCGCAUUAGGAUAUCACCCCAGCCAAAUCAUCCUCAUGGGACGCUCUUUGGGUGGAGGCCCAGCGUGCUAUCUGGCAGAAAAGCAUCACCAAAGCAUCGCGGGACUCAUUUUGGAAUCUACUUUCACCUCAUGCAUUCGUGUAGUGUCCACGAUCAUCCUUCCCUUCUGUUUCGGUUGGCUUGACAUGUUCGUGAACAUGGGUCGCAUCAAAAAUAUUACGGAUUGCCCAAUUUUAUUCAUGCACGGUAAGAAGGAUUCUAUCGUACCGAUUCGUUGUUCAGAGCAGCUUCUAUCCAUAGCUCUCAAACAGCGACAGUCGCUACGAAAAGAACAGAUGCAGAAGAAAAGAUCUUUCUUAUCGUGCCUGAGCUGUAACUCGGUAGGGGUGUUAAACCCGGGACUGCAGCAAAGAAAGCAGAGGGUUUUCUCAGUCAAGUCAAAUAAUGAUCAGAGUGCUGACGUUUAUAGGAAGGGGAUCAAGGUGGGUGAUGAAGCAGACGCUUUCAAUAAUACGGCAAACACACCCAAAGUAGCGGAUCUCCGUCCCCCACCUCUGAACCUCACGGAGGCUCACAGUCUGGAAGCUUCGCGUGCCGGUGGUCCCCUACGUGCUGCCGCUCCGCAGGGUGACGGCGUUGGACCUGUUGGUGGGGUACCCCUGGGGAAAUCUUCGGAUAAACCGAGCCCUUUAUACAAAGGCGUGGAUAUGCGGUCUUCAAGGCCUCCUACGCCUGAAUGGGCGGAUCCAACGGCAGGCAGUUGCGGUCAAACGAACGCGGGAACCUCGGCGGUGACCUCUGCGGCAGGGAGGGGAUUCACCGUGGGUGCGGCAUUUCCCCAGCACCCCGAUGGGAGCCACGAGCCGCCGUUGGAUCCAUCGCGUUCAGCCAUCGCGGAGACGACGGAGGAGAAACUGGGAAUUUACCACCACUGGUUUGAAGACUGUGGGCAUAACGAUAUCGAGACGCGGAGCGGCGAACAAUUUAUUUUUACACUGAAACGGUUCAUCAAACGCGUUGAGGAAUUGAAGAAGCUAAAGAGGGGGGCUCAAGACGAAGCUCCCCCCUUCACGCAGACAUCGAAAAUAGGGUGA